AUGGCUAAGAUUUGCAAGUCCUCAUGGUGUCUUCUCAUACUAGCCAUUGUUCUACAGCUUGUUCAUACGUGCAUCUGUUUGUCAGAGCCUGAUUUGCUUAUACAGUUCAAGGAUUCCCUGAAAAAUACUGGUGCAUUGUCCAAUUGGGACGCGAAAGUACCCUCAUGCAAGGGUGAUCAGCCGAAUUGGAGUGGUGUACUUUGCGAUAAAGGGAAUGUUUGGGGAUUGAAGCUUGAAAAUAUGGGGUUGAAGGGUGAUAUCAAUGAGGAUGCCCUUAGCCAGCUGAAGAGUUUGAGGACUCUCAGCUUCAUGAAUAAUGAUUUCGAAGGACCUCUCCCGGACAUGAAGAAACUUGGUGCCUUGAAAUCGUUUUAUUUGUCGAAUAACAAAUUUUCAGGGGAGAUUCCAGCCGAUGCUUUUGUAGGCAUGCUGUCAAUUAAGAAGAUUCAUUUGAGUAACAAUCAGCUUUCAGGGCCAAUACCAUCCUCCUUGGGAACAUUGCCAAAGCUUAUAGAGUUGACGCUUGAUGGCAAUCAGUUUUCAGGUCAAAUUCCCGAUUUUACUCAAGAAAGAAUGAUUAAUGUGAAUUUCUCCCACAACCACCUAGGGGGUCAAAUUCCUGCCAGCCUGAGCAACCUCAAAGCAGCUUCAUUUUCUGAUAAUUCAGACCUUUGUGGUGCACCAUUGGAACCAUGUCCUAGUCCCCCAGAGCGAAAGCUAUCUGUUGUAACUAUAGUACUUGUUGCAAUAGCUGUUGUGGUAGCUUUGGGAGCAAUUGUAGCAGUUAUAAUCAUCCUCAGCCGGCGCAAGAAAGCACCUCAACUGGGAGAUGCACCAGCAGCUGCAGCAGCUCCACAAGGUCACAACAAACCUCCCUCUGAAGAUUUGGACAGAUUGGAAAAAGGGAUGUCACCAGAUCGCGGUUCAGAAGGCAAGAAGAGUGAUCAGAAUAUCAAGCUUUCAUUCUUGAGGGAUGAUGUUGGAAAAUUCGACAUGUCUGAUCUACUCAAAGCCUCUGCUGAGGUAUUAGGGAGUGGAAUGUUUGGAUCUACCUAUAAAGCUGCCCUUAAUACAGGACCAGUGAUGGUUGUGAAGAGGUAUAGGCAAAUGAACAAUGUUGGCAAAGAAGAAUUCCAUGAGCACAUGAGAAGGUUAGGCAGAUUGAGUCAUCCGAAUGUGCUUCCACUUGUGGCCUUCUACUAUAGGAAAGAGGAGAAACUUAUAGUUUCUACCUAUGUUGAAAAUGUCAGCCUGGCUGUUCAACUUCAUGGUAACAAAUCUCGUGGCCUGUCAAGCCCUGAUUGGCCUACCAGAUUGAAGAUUGUCAAAGGUGUAUCUAAAGGCCUUCUGUAUCUCUACAAUUCGCUCCCGAGCCUGAUCGCACCCCACGGUCACCUCAAAUCCUCCAAUGUUAUUCUUAACGAAAACAAUGAGCCAUUGCUCACCGACUACGGACUACUUCCAGUAGUCAACUUGGAACAAGCACGGGACCAAAUGAUAGCAUACAAGUCACCUGAAUUCAAGCAAAAUGGCCGCAUCACCAAGAAAACUGAUGUCUGGAGCUUGGGUGUAUUGAUACUUGAACUUCUCACAGGAAAAUUUCCAUCAAACUUCUUGCAACAAGGUAAGGGAAGUGACACCGAUUUGCCGACUUGGGUGCAUUCUGUUGUCAAGGAUGAGUGGACCGUUGAGGUUUUUGACAAAGAUAUGCAAGGAACUAAGCACUGUGAAGGUGAAAUGAUGAAGCUAUUGAAGAUAGCACUGAUUCUUUGUGAGCCUGAAAUUGACAACAGAUGGGACAUUAAGGAGGCAGUCGACAGGAUUGAAGAGAUAAAGGAAAGAGAUGAUGUUGAUGAUUUCCACUCUUCAUAUACCAGUGAAACAGACAUGCGCUCAUCAAGGGGGUUAUCUGAGGACUUCAUUAAUGUUCCAAUGAAUGGUUAA